CUUUGUAUGGGAGGUGGGCGUGGUUAUUAUCCGAUUUCUUCCAUUUUUGAACUGUGUAUGGAAAUGCCUGAAGGAAACGACUCUGUAGAGUUUGGUUGACAUAGCUAUAGUAGUUUCCGAGAUACGUACAAAAAACUUAGUAGGGGGCGGGGCCACGCCCACUUUUUCAAAAAAAUUACGUCCAAAUAUGCUCCUCCCUAAUGCGAUCCUUUGUGCCAAAUUUCACUUUAAUAUCUUUAUUUAUGGCUUUCAUCAUGAUAUCUCAAUUUUUACUCAAGUUACAGCUUGCACGGACGGACGGACAGACAGACAUCCGGAUUUCAACUCUACUCGUCACCCUGAUGACUUUGGUAUAUAUAACCCUAUAUCUGACUCUUUUAGUUUUAGGACUUACAAACAACCGUUAUGUGAACAAAACUAUAAUACUCUCCUUAGCAACAUUGUUGCGAGAGUAUAAAAAUCAAACUAAUAUUAUUAAAAACAAAAAAUGUACAUAUAUUCUCUUUUCAACAUUGUACCGAAAGUACAAUAGUAAAUUGUUCCGCUGCUCUCUACACCACAAAUCUCACACAUCGAGAACUUCUCUCUGGUUUAAGCAAGCUAACAUUGGUGGCGAAUGGUUGGACACUGCCAGCGGUGCCACAUUCGGAGUUCGAAAUCCGGCAGAUAUGCAAGUGAUCGGCUGUGUGCCCGACAUGACUGCAGUCGAAGCGCAAAAAGCGAUAGAUGACGACACAAGAGCUUUUUACGCGACCGAAUGGAAGUUGAUUACAGCACGUGAGCGCUCGCAGUUGCUGAAGAAUUGGCACAUCUUGAUUUCACAGCAUUGCGUUGAAUUUAACAUUACCACGGCGGAAUGUGGAAAACCAUUGACCGAGUCACUAUCCGAGGUAGCUUAUGGUCAGUCGUUUGUCGAAUGGUUUGCCGAGGAAGCACGACGCAUUGAUGGCCAACUCAUCGCCAGUUCUUCACGAAAAAAUAAAUUCUUCCCGCUGCGCGAGCCGCUUGGUGUCGCAGCACUCAUAACACCAUGGAACUUUUCAAUGUCCUUAGUCUUAUGCAAAGCAGCAGCGGCUUUGGCGGCCGGCUGCACAGUCGUCGUCAAACCUGAUGAAAAUACACCACUUACUUGUUUGGCACUCGCCAAACUCUCCCAAAUGGCCUGUAUACCAUCUGGUGUUUUCAACGUGAUCACCACGAGGCGAGCUCCUGCCAUCGGUGAGCUCUUCUGUCAAAGCCCGCUGGUGUGUGGCAUCUCUUUCACCGGCUCCACCGAAGUUGGCAAACUUUUGUUUCGUGAAUCAGCUGGCUUGCUAAAACGUGUUUCGUUAGAACUCGGCGGUAAUGCUCCAUUCAUUGUCUUCGAAUCAGCUGACAUAGCCGAAGCAGUGAAGGGUGCAAUGUUAUCGAAAUUUCGAAACGGCGGACAAAUUUGUGUCUCAGCAAACCGUUUUUACAUACAUUCUGCUAUGUAUGAAGACUUUCUGAAACAGUUGCAAGCACAAGUUGAAGCUUUGAAAAUUGGUCCGGGAUACGAUAAAAGUGUGGACGUUGGUCCACUCAUUAAUACAGCACAGUUAAAGCGAAUUGAGGCAUUUAUGAAAGAUGCACUUUCCAGACAUGCAAAGGUAAUAUGCGGUGGUAAACAUUUGCACGAAAUCGGUGAACUCUUCUAUGCACCCACCAUCAUUACCGACGUGGACCGUACAUCACGUAUUUAUCGUGAAGAAAUCUUCGGUCCAGUUAUUACAUUGGCAAAGUUCGACACGGAAGACAAUAAAUAA